AUGCAGGACAGCGGCAGCCUAGGCAGUUUAUUAUGUAAUGGAGAGAAUGGUGUUAAGGCUCUCCAGCUCUUGUCGCGCACCAAGACGUGUGCAUACCUCCCAGCUGCGGUUUCAGCCGCCGGCGCCUCUUCUUGUGGGUUCAUAAUUCAUUCUCUUACUCCCGCCCGCUCUUCUCUUCGCACGAGCACUUGCUACGCCUCUUCAACUGCUGUGGGAUUUCCGCAAUCUGCUGCUGCUCCCGCUGCCGCUGCUCCUGCUGCUGCUCCUGGGUCAGGCGGCGGCCUAGGUGAAUCAGCAGCAACACUUCGCCUGCCACCCUCUGGCGCCGCCUGCUCGCCAGCAUCAUCGACACCAGCAGCAACAGCAGCAGCAACACCAACAUCAGGAGCACCAGCAGCAGCGCCAGCAGCUGCAGGAACAGCACCAGCAGCGGACGACGAGUGGGUAGCUGUUGUACAAAUCGUGCACGCUCCCCGUCAUUUUGUCGUCGCUGUCUUAGUUCAAGAGGCCCUCCAAUGUUUGCUGUGGGGCAGCGACAGCGACGUGCAGGUGACUUACGAACUGUCUACCUCGGAACAGUUGCAGCAGCAGCAGCAGCAGCAACUGCUUCCAGAGCAACAGCAGGCGAUAGCAGAAGGAGCAGUGGAGGUUCGGGUCUUUUUUGAAAACCGCAGCGGAGCUGCUUUGUUCAGCAGCAGCAGCAGCAAUGGCAACCGCAGCGCCUUCAACAGCUCCAGAGGGAGGAUAGAUGAACGAGGACGAGUGUUGGUUUGGUCUUUGCUUGGAGUUGCUGCUGCAGCAGACCUGAUUGUUCCUGCUGCUGCUCGUCUCCCGGAUGGCGCUGCUGCGAUCCGUUCAGCAGCAGCAGCGCUGGAGCAGCAGCAGCAGCAGCAGCUACAGCAGCAGGAGCUGCUGCUACAGCGGUGUCGCGCUGCCUUGCCGAUGCGCCAGGGGGCCCUUUGGUCUUUUCUGCUUUGUGCUGAAGUUGCUGCUAAGCUGCGGCACAAAGCUGGAGAGGACGUCCUUCCCCUUGCAGUGCAGGGAGUUCAGUCCGCGCCUUUGCUGCCAUUCUCCUGGUGCACGCUGGGCCAUUCUCUGCGUCUAAGAGGCCGCCUCUGGGAGAGCAGCAGCUGUUACAGGGUAGCAGCGAGUCUGUGUGCUGCUGCUGCUCCUGUUGCUACUGCUUCAGUUGAUCCUCCUGCUCCUGCUACCCCGCGGGUCGUCCUGGCUGCUGCCCCUCGCGCUGCACUUGCUGCGGCUGCUGCUUCUGCUGCUACAGUCCCUGGGAAGCUGAUUGCAGCUCUAGACGAAACCCUCCUUAGGGCUCGGAGGGACCCAAAGGAACUCAGGAGAGCUCUGCCUACGUUGAUCAAAGCGGAAGUGGAGGCCCCCUGGGGCUUCGCAGUUGACGCGAAUCCGCCUGAAGUUGGGGGCCUCUUUGUUGCAUAUGUUGUAGAGAACAGCAAAGCAGAGAAAGCAGGACUGAUGCCUGGGGACCAAAUUGUGAUAGCCAACAACUCCAUAGUGUUGGGUCUGCCUGUCGAGCGGUGCCUGGCUUCGCUGCGGGCUCGCCAGCGGCCCGGUUUGCUGCAGCAGCAGGAGCGCCAGCAGCUGCUGCCUCUGCAGCUGGAGGUGUACAGGGGUUCAUUCCCUGUGCUUUAUGGGGCCCCUGCUCUUGCUGCUCUUCAGCGGCUGGGUGCUGUGAAGGAGCUACUGAGCAGCAACAGCAGCGCGGAGCAGCAGUACAGGCAGCAGCAGCAAACCCCGCCUGUCCACACGCCGGCGGGAAGCCUCAACUCGUUGCUGCAGGGGGCGGACACGAGACACAGCGAAUUCUUUUAG